UCUCACGGUGUAAAUGGUGGCUAAAGGAAUAGCGCCCUGCUAAAGAAUCGUUUCGCGAUAAAUAGUUCCCCUUUUCUCUCCCUCUGUCCCUUUUAUUUCCGUGUUGUGUGUUAAAUCAGUGCGCGCGUGCAUAGAUCUCGUUAAACGGGGCACAGCACAAUUGGAUACAGGAUUUUAUCAUAAUCUUCCGUUAUCUGCCACCUUAAUCCCACAGUAUCGCCAGAUAAUUUGCUUCAUCGAUGGCAGACCACGAUAACACUUACGACGACGAGGAGCUAGUAUCAGCAAACCCGAAUCAGAGGAAUUGGCGUGGCAUUUUGAUAGCUCUGCUCGUGAUUGUUGCGGUCCUAGCUCUGAUCGUGACAUCGGUAGCCCUAUUGACUCCACCGGACGAGGGUCCUAGAGUCCGAGGUGCUCGGUUGCGACUCUCCGAGGUACUCUCCGGAGAAUUAACACCCCUACUUUUCAAUGGAUCGUGGGCGAGCGAACAGCACAUUUGCUACAGAGACGUUUGGGGCGGUAUCUCCCUGUUACAUAUUUCUCAAAGAAACGUAACCUCUCGCAGUUUAAUGCCUAACGAAACUUUUAGGAGACUGAAUCCUGCCAAGUUCUCGUUAUCACCCGAUCGUAAAUACUUGCUUCUCGCGCACAAUGUGAAGAAACUCUUCCGACAUUCGUAUUUAGCGCAAUAUAGGAUAUACGAUGUGAACACACGAGAAAUCAUUCUACUGACUCCUCAUCCAGAGAAAGGAGGCAACCCGUAUCUUUUAUUAGCGCAAUGGACCCCUCGUGGCCACGGACUGGUCAUGGUGCAAGAUUAUGAUAUUUAUUACAUAACUGGCCCCAUGAGUAACACGGGAUACCGAGUUACCAACACAGCGAUCCCAGGUAUUUUGUCAAACGGAUUGCCUGAUUGGCUCUACGAAGAAGAGAUAUUACACUGUGCAGAAGCGAUUUGGAUGUCGUCGGAUGGCCAUAUGAUGCUGUAUGCUUCUUUUAACGAUUCCCUAGUGGAGGAAAUGCAUAUAUCGUGGUACGGAGAAGGGAACAAAGCUCUUUACCCCGACGUACGAUCGUUGCGCUAUCCCAAGCCUGGUACACCGAAUCCUGUGGUGAGACUCUACGUGGCUGAUUUGGCAGACCCGAAGAACAUUCAUACGAAGUUAGUGAAACCGCCACCGAUCAUCGAGAAUACGGAACAUUACUUUACCACGGCUUCCUGGGUGUCUUUAACGGAAGUGUGCAUAACAUGGCUGACACGGGCACAAAACCUAUCCGUCGUAACUAUUUGUAAGAGUCCAAUGUGGCACUGUCAGGAAAUUCAAAGAAUAUCGUCUGAAGAUCAUGGUUGGGUCGACACACCCCCCGAAUCCCCUAUCUUCUCGACAAAUGGCAGCAGUUAUAUUGCCAUAAACCCGGUUAAGGAUGGUCCAAGUGGUUAUUACAAACACAUUGUCUGGGUGAAUGUUGCUAGAAAAUUGGUCGUUCCCCUCACGCAUGGGAAAUUCGAAGUCACCCAAAUAGUGGCGUGGGAUCAGAUAAACAAUACCAUAUACUUUAUAGGUAUUCCAACCAUACGACCGAGUCAAAGACACCUGUAUUACGUGAAAUCGGUAUUGCCUCAUGUAGGCUCGUCUCUACAUCCCGCUGUAUGCAUCACAUGCACAGAAACACCGGAAGGGGGCCGAAAUAAUCAUCGAACAACCGGGUCUCGUUACCACAGCUCCUGGUCUGGCAAUAAUUACAUACACGAUCACUACGAAGUACAAACUGAUAGUACAUCAAACGCGGAGCAACAGGAGCAAAAGGAGACAGUCACGAAGAAACAAAAAUUAAAAGUACAAGCUCCCCCGAAAUUCACCGAAGAGCCUUGUCAAUACUACAAUGCUAUAUUCCCACCGGGCAGUACAAACUAUUUCGUGUUAGAAUGUUACGGACCUAAUAUACCAACAGUUGCUUUAUACAAAACUGAACUUCCUACGCCACGUCUUAUUUACGUACUGCAGAACAAUACUUUAUUGCGUGAAAAAGUUGCCAAUCUCGCGCUUCCACAAGUCAAAACGUUCCCUGUCCAAAUAAGUGGCGGAUACAACGCACAAGUGAGAUUGCAUCUACCGCCUGGGUUGAGAGAAGAUGAAAUCACACGGUACCCUCUGAUCGUGCAAGUGUACGGUGCCCCAGGUUCGCAGUUGGUUACAGACAUGUUUAAAAUAGACUGGAACACGUAUUUGGCCAGCAGGAAAAACAUGAUCGUCGCGCAAAUCGAUGGUAGGGGCAGUGGGGGUCAAGGUUACAAGUUUCUUCACGAAGUCUACUACAGGCUCGGGUUCGUAGAAGUCGCUGAUCAGCUCGAAGUUACCGAAUAUUUGAGAGACUCGUUGCAUUUUGUGGACAAACAACGAGUGGCCAUAUGGGGUUGGAGCUAUGGGGGCUUCGUGGCAGCCAUGUCGUUGGCACAACCUGACCAAGAUGUGUUUCAAUGCGGUAUAAGCGUGGCGCCAGUCGUUUCGUGGAAACUUUACGAUUCAGCAUACACCGAGAGAUACAUGGGUUUUCCAAACGUUGCAUCGAAUUUCAAAGGAUACGCUGAAUCGGAUGUGUACGACAAGGUGGAAUAUUUACGAAAUAAAAUGUUCUACCUUGUGCACGGUACUGCGGAUGAUAACGUUCAGUUUCAACAGUCUAUGGCACUCGCAAGACACCUUGCCAAGAAAGGGAUACUCUUCAGACAGCAGGUGUAUCCAGACGUGAGUCAUACUUUGGCAGGAGUUAAAGGUCAUCUGUACUUGUCAAUGGCUCAAUUUUUGGACGACUGUUUCCAAAAACAGACACCUACCGAUACGAAAGCUGGUCUAAUCGGCGGUGGAUCUAGUCUGUAGUUGUAUGUACAUAAUGUGAUUCAAGAAUCAAUCUAAUAAUUGUAAUGGAAUUCCAUACAUAAAUAUUACGUCUUAAUAUCUCCAAAUUGUGUUCCAUUUAUUAACAUCUGCAGAAAUAAAAAAUAUAUUUGAAUCACUUUAUAUAUUGACUAUAUAUGUUCUAAUGAAAGGGCACACGAACAAGAUUAAUUACGAGCAAUUUAAAUUACGCAUAUAGUCAAGAUUAGGUUAAUAAAAUAUAUCUGUACCUCGCCUUUGUACCUAAUGUAUACCUGUGUUUAUAAUUUCUUUUUCUACUCGAGUCUACAUUCUCAAUGUUUAAAUAUUAUCAUUGUAUUGUACUUUCGA